AUGUGCCCAAGAAGUCGGCAAAACGACCUUACGGCGCAAGCCUCGCUCUGAAGCCCCCAAAAAAUAAAGUCGAUGCCGAUACGGCUGACAACGACGGAAUCGCGGGAUGCGAACGUACAGUCAGCGAGUUUAAUGGAGAAGGCGCCACCUCCAGCUGCGGCGAGCAAGAGACCCAUGCUCCACUGGAAGAAGUCACGGCGGCAGGGUCCUACCUAAGUGGCCGCGAUCAUUACGAGGCGUCGGCUACUGUGGGGGUUCUCGCUGGGGCUUCUGACGGUGAGACGCCUGGCUGCGACGAAGGCGGUGCCGAAGCAGAGAACGAAAGCUUCAAGAAGGCCCUCAAGAAUGGAAAUUCGACAGCUGCCAGCCGCCACGACGCUAUCCAACAGCACACUGGUGUGUAGUCCCAAAGCGACUUGUCGGAUAGUCAAUAACGUGGUCCCACCAUCAGAAGACGGCGACAUGACCGAAGAGACCGCUAUGGCUUGUUCGACGGGCUCUAGCUCGCUCUUAGACACGAGUAAGGAGGCUGUCACUGCGCGGAAGUCUACCUCGAUCCUCGAUAGCACUGCCAAUCUUCAGGUGGUUAACGUCGCCUAUGUUUUGCACACAGGCUCACGACAAAAUGCGAGCUCACCCGAGUUCGAGGAUAAGUUCAUGCUAGCACCCUCCGCUGGCUUCUCAUCGCUGGCGGCGUUCGGCCAACGUGGUUGUGAAGACCCUGCUCUAGGUCUCGGGCAGAAAUUGGCUGAUCGUAGUGCCAUCAUCCAUCGUCAUAAUAGCGUGUCUGAAGUAAGUCUUGUUGGCCAUGACGACAAUACUGGCGAUGCGCAGCAGCCUCUCGACCGUGGUCUCACACGAACCCAAUCAGCGCCUCUACCGCCUACAACGGACGCGAGCCACCAUCCCGACGCUCUCCGAUGCCCGCCACCGUCUUCGACAAUGAUGUCGCCUCUAGGUGUCAGAAGCGGCACCGGCGACUGCAGCAAUCGAAACAACACAAAUAUCACUGCCCCUGAGCAGCCGCCGGGCCAUCGUCCUGUCUUGAAGCCCAGGCAAAGCCUUGUCAUGACAAUACAAAAUGCUUUGGGCGGCACUGGCUCAGCUGCAGACGCCGCACGCCAAAACGCAUCGGGCCCUUCCCAGUCGCCAGCACCGCUCAUCGCUCAGCAUACGCCCAGCCUCAUCCUGCCCGCUACCAUGCCGUAUCCUGCGGCGUGUUCCUCACCUUCGGGGCCAUUGCUGUAUUCGUCGGCCCCCACCUCAACUCUAAUCGAAAGUGAUGCUCCUAAAUCUAUGAUUGCAUCGCAGCUGAGUCCAUCCGGGGCGGUUACUACCGUUGGUCCUCAAUCACAGUCCUUUGUUUGCCCGGAGGCUCCCGGAUGUGAGAAUUGCAAGGUUAGUAAAAUGCUCUGCGAUAAAAGUCGCCCAACCUGCUUCAAUUGCUCACGCAUGGGCGUCAACUGUUUUGGCCAUUCCGACUCGUCAAGUCCUUCUGAACCUCCUCCAUUCGAGCAAUCGGCGACAUCCGAUAACAGCCGUCCGGACCAGAAAGAGUUCCUUCGCUACCUGGUUGAUCUUUAUGGUCAUGCCAAGGGCUCCGGCAUGUGGGACCUCAUCACAAGUCAUGUCAACCAGCACUACCGUUGCAAGAUGAGCGCGGCGGCCUUGCAAAUGAUAAGAUCGAGGGACUACAAUCACAAACAAGAAUCAUCACCCGGGCGGACGAGCGCGAAUGUGCCGCUUUCCCGCCGUCCCGCACAAAAGAAGAGAGGCCGACGUCCGAAAGAAGUCCAAGCGAUGCCGUCCAGUACAAUGUAGCCGAACACUGAGUUAUGUUUGGUCAAAGCUUGAGUUUUCUCUCUGGUGUCAGUGGUAAAGCUUAUCUGCCCGACGGUCAGCGAUUGCGACAAGGAUCAUACAACAAUGCGGCCUGGAUUUGGAGGGCUGCGAAUUAUCAAUGAGUGUUCUCAUAGUGAGAUUGCGAGCCAUUCUGGGCCGGGUAGCCGCUAGAUUCAAUGUCGCCUACAAUGCCUUUGUCUAGUAG